AUGGAGCGCUCGCAGAGCCGCCUCAGCCUGUCCGCCUCCUUCGAGGCGCUCGCCAUCUACUUCCCGUGCAUGAACUCCUUCGAUGACGAGGACGCGGGGGACAGCCGGAGGCUGAAGGGGGCCAUCCAGAGGAGCACAGAGACAGGCCUGGCUGUGGAGAUGCCCAGCCGGACGCUGCGCCAGGCCAGCCACGAGUCCAUCGAGGAGAGCAUGAACAGCUAUGGCUCGGAGGGCAACCUCAACUACGGGGGAGUGUGCCUAGCAUCAGACGCCCAGUUCAGUGAUUUCCUGGGCAGCAUGGGGCCAGCGCAGUUUGUGGGCCGCCAGACCCUGGCCACCACGCCCAUGGGGGAUGUGGAGAUCGGCUUGCAGGAGCGGAACGGUCAGCUGGAAGUGGACAUCAUCCAGGCCAGGGGAUUGACAGCCAAGCCAGGCUCCAAGACACUGCCAGCCGCCUACAUCAAGGCCUACCUGCUCGAGAACGGCGUCUGCAUUGCCAAGAAGAAGACCAAAGUCGCUCGCAAGUCGCUGGACCCCCUGUACAACCAGGUGCUGCUGUUCCCUGAGAGUCCCCAGGGCAAAGUCCUGCAGGUGAUCGUGUGGGGCAACUACGGGCGGAUGGAGCGGAAGCAGUUCAUGGGAGUGGCCCGCGUGCUGCUGGAGGAGCUGGACUUGAGCACCCUGGCUGUGGGCUGGUACAAGCUCUUCCCCACCUCCUCCAUGGUGGACCCGGCCACAGGCCCCCUGCUGCGGCAGGCGUCUCAGUUGUCCCUGGAGAGCACCGUGGGGCCCUGUGGCGAGCGAUCUUAAUGCCGGGGAGAGGGGAGGGGCUUCCCAAGAUGGCCUGGAGACGACCCGGCCCUGACCUGGGACCCCAGGCCCAGGGGCACAUUGAAGAGAGGAGGACGGGGCUCUCUCCCGCCGUGUGGGGGAGCAGAACAGGGAGACCUGCCCCGCCCCGGGCCCCUCCUCACCCCCUUGCCUCCUGCCCCCGAGACCUCCCCUCUCCCUGUGGGAUUGGCUGCACUUUGGACUUGGCCCGUUCUUGACCUGGUGGACGUAGCUGCACUUGGAAGAUGGAAAAGACUGAGGUGGCAAAGCACACGCUCUCCUGCCCCAGCCCUGUCCAGCCCCGCCCCCUCUUCGCCUCCUUGGAAGCUCGCUGCCCGGAGCCAAGUCCAGAACCCAGCCGG